CUCCCGUCGAGAUCGUUCUCCCCCGUGCUCCUCUCCUCUACCACCGCGUGCUCCGUCCACACUACCCACUCCAGAUCUCCAAACCCUAAGCCCCUACAUGCCAUUCUACUAACAGCCCCUCAUGGCGCCACGUCUCCUCCUCCUCGCCCUCGUCGUCGCGGCCGUCGCCGUGCCGCCGGCGAGCGCGGCGGUGGCGAGCAUCGACCUGGGCUCGGAGUGGCUCAAGGUCGCCGCCGUGCACCUCGCGCCGGGGCGCGCGCCCAUCGCCGUCGCCAUCAACGAGAUGUCGAAGCGCAAGUCCCCCGCCCUCGCCGCGCUCGCGGACGGCAACCGCCUCGCCGGCGAGGAGGCCGCCGGCAUCGCCGCGCGCCACCCGUCCAAGGUGUUCGCCCGCAUGCGGGACCUCCUCGGGAAGCCCUUCCCGUACGUGCAGUCCCUCGCGCAGUCGCUCUUCCUCCCGUACGACUUCGUCCAGGACGCGCGCGGCGCCGCGGCGGUACGCGCGGACGACGGGCAGGUCUACUCCGUCGAGGAGAUCGUCGCCAUGGUGCUCCACUAUGCCUCUGGGAUCGCCGAUGCGCACGUCGGGGCGCCUGUGCGGGACGCGGUGGUCGCCGUGCCGCCCUAUUUUGGACAGGCCGAGCGCCGGUCCCUGACUCAGGCGGCGCAGCUCGCCGGAUUCAACGUCCUAGCGCUCAUCAACGAGCACGCUGGGGCCGCGCUGCAGUACGGGAUCGACAAGGACUUCUCCAACGGCUCGCGGCAUGUUAUCUUUUACGACAUGGGCUCAGGUAGCACCUACGCCGCGUUAGUGUACUACUCGUCUUACAACGCCAAGGAGUUCGGGAAGACAGUGUCCGUGAACCAGUUCCAGGUUAAGGAUGUCAGAUGGAACUCCAAACUCGGAGGCAUAGAAAUGGAAAUGCGUUUGGUAAAUUAUUUCGCGGAUCAGUUUAAUAAGCAGCUUGGUAAUGGGGAUGACAUCCGUCAGUCUCCCAAGGCAAUGGCUAAGCUGAAGAAGCAAGUUAAGCGAACCAAAGAAAUUCUGAGUGCUAACACUGCAGCUCCGAUCUCAGUUGAAUCUCUAUAUAAUGAUAUCGAUUUCAGGAGCACCAUAACACGUGAGAAAUUUGAAGAGCUUUGUGAAGAUUUAUGGGAGCAGGCUCUAACUCCGAUUAAAGAAGUUCUUGUGCAGUCAGGCAUGAAAAUUGAUGAUAUCUAUGCUGUAGAGCUGAUAGGAGGAGCUACCCGGGUACCAAAAUUGCAGGCUAAGCUGCAGGAAUUCCUGGGACGGAGUGAGCUGGAUAAGCAUCUUGAUGCUGACGAAGCAAUUGUUCUUGGUGCCUCGCUGCAUGCUGCUAAUUUGAGUGAUGGGAUUAAGCUAAACCGUAAAUUGGGGAUGAUUGAUGGUUCUCCUUACGGUUUUGUCUUUGAAAUAAAUGGACCAGAUUAUGUCAAAGAUGAAAGUACUGAUCAAGUACUGGUGCCGAGGAUGAAAAAAAUGCCAAUAAAGUUGUACAGAUCCGUCAAACAUACCAAGGAUUUUGAUGUCUCUCUCAGCUAUGACAAAGCUUCUGAACUACCUCCAGGUGUUUCAUCACACAAGUUUGCGGAGUAUUCCAUAUCAGGACUGGCAGAUGCUAGUGAAAAGUAUGGAAGCCGCAAUUUAUCUGCACCCAUCAAAGCAAACCUACAUUUCUCUUUGAGUAGAAGUGGAAUUAUUUCUCUUGAUAGAGCAGAAGCAGUGAUUGAGAUAACUGAAUGGGCUGAGAUUCCAAAGAAGAACUUGACACUAGAGAGUAAUGCCACCGAUCAGACUUUAUCUUCUGAAUCAGGAACAUCUGAUAGUACGGCAGAUAGUAAGGAGAAUCCAAGUUCUGGAAGUGACGCAAAUAAUUUGAGCAAUACCAACGAUGAGGGUAAUGUUCGAGAUGCAAUAACCGAGAAGGUGCUGAAGAAAAGAACGUUCAGGGUUCCACUGAAGGUUGUUGAAAAAACGGCUGGUGCUGGAUCAAUUCUUUCAAAGGAGUUAUAUUCUGAAGCAAAAAAUAGGUUAGAAGUACUUGAUAAGAAGGAUGCUGAACGGAGGAGAACUGCUGAACUGAAAAAUAACCUGGAGUCUUACAUAUACUCUAUGAAGGAGAAGUUGGAAGAGAACACAGAUCUGUUGGCUGUCUCAACUGAACAGGAGAGGGAAUCUUUUGCAGAGAAACUCAGUGAGGUGCAAGAUUGGUUGUAUAUGGAUGAAGAGGCUCAAGCAAACGAAUUUCAAGAGCGCCUUGACCAGCUUAAGGCCAUUGGCGAUCCAAUUCUUUUCAGAUUGAGCGAGUUAAAGGCCCGACCAGCAGCUUGUGGAAGUGCUCGAUUGUAUCUUACGGAGCUACAAAAGAUUGUUAAGAACUGGGAGACAAACAAACCUUGGCUUCCAAAAAAGAGAGUAGAUGAGGUCGUAAGUGAAGCAGAUAAAAUAAGAACUUGGUUGGACGAGAAGGAAGCACUGCAAAAAAGUACGACUCUCUACAGCACACCUGCUUUCACAUCUGAAGAAGUUUAUCAGAAAGUGUUGGACUUACAAGAUAAGGUCUCUAGUGUCAAUAGAAUUCCAAAACCAAAACCAAAGAUUGAGAAGAAGCCUCCAACGGAAGAAGAGUCUGCUAACAAGGAGAAAACUGCCUCUUCAGAAUCUACAUCAAGUGAGUCUGAAUCCACUGAUACUUCAUCAGAAUCAGAUGCCCCGGAGAAGACUGACGAUUCGGAACCAGAAGCCCAUGAUGAGUUGUGAUUAUUAGAAUCUAAUUUUCAACACCCCUUAGGACUGGUUUGAGAGAUACUCCAUAUACUCCGAGAAGACAGUUUGUCACCACUCACCACAGUUUUGUUUGGCUGCGAAAAGACGAGCUUGUGUAGGAUUUCAAGGCGACUAAGAUGCUGUACGGGCCAGAAGAACUUGAUAGUCGCUGUAUAGCAGUACUAUGGAAUGCCGUCAAGAUAUAGUGCCUCAAAAGAUUUAGUUGUCAGAACUUUGUAGUUGCAUUGUUGUAAUGGACUAAUUUAUUUUCGAUAUGACAGAUACUAGGGGUUUCACGUCAAGUAUCAAUGUAUUAUCUUUUUUCCCUA